UCAUCAUCUACAGCUGUAGAUGGCGGUCGACAGUGGACAGAAGACGUGAAGGGCAUGAAAGGGGGCAAGUACAGCAACACUGAGUCCAAGAUUGUGGUUGAUGCGAUCAAGAGCUAUGCCUCCGCCAACGCCAUCACCGUUGACUCUCUGUGCCAAGAUGGGAGUCGCUCAGUAGGCUCGAAGAGGGCAUGGCUUUCCAUCGCGAACUGUUUGCCCGAUCGUUCAGUCCAGUCCAUCUACCGCCACGGGAUUCGUCAACUGCACGGCAGGAAGAUGGGGGCAUGGACUGACGAAGAGGUGGCUCAGUUGAAGCUCUUGGUUAGCACACACGGCAAGAAGUGGUCGGAGAUCGGAAAGAAAGUCGGCAGGAGCGCCGACGCGUGCAGGGACAAGAGCCGAGAACUAAUUUCAACGCCACAAGAAGGCCCCUGGACUGAGCAAGAGGAGAAGCUUCUAAACAAGCUCAUGAUGGACCGGAUGGAGUGCGGUGAAGACAUGUCGGAAGUGAUGCUGACGGGCAAUGAGGAAGUCGACGUACCGUGGGCAGAAGUGGCCAGGAUCAUCAAGUCCAGAAACCGCAUUGCCUGUCGGAAAAAGUGGGACUACCUACAGAUGCAGCGCCGGCAGAAAUGGCAGUAUGUGCGAGAUACGAGAGGCAGCGCAGCUAGCAUCAACCUGGCGUUUGUCAAGGCAAUCAUAGGUACCGGGGCUGCCGACGAGAGCGAGUUGAAUUGGAGCAGCUUGCCGUACCCGCGAGCUAAUCUCAAGUGGAAGAACCUGCGAGAGCGGGAGCUGCAGGCUCCAAACGCCAACUUGCAGUUCCGAGAGGCGUUAAACGCAGUAAGAGGUCGGCUGCAGAGGGAAGUCGACGACGAGAAGAAGGCCAUGGACCAAGCUGCCCAAGCGUCACCGUCUUCUGCCGCGGUAGCUGCUCCUACCGUGGCUUUUCCAUUGUCCGACGCCGGAUCAGGUAGUGUGGCGAGAACGAUUCGACCAAGGAAAGCAAGAAGAGAAAAAAGAGAAAGAAGGCGGGACGGCAAGAGGAGGAGAGCAAGACCGGCAAAAGGAAAAGAGAGAUGGUGCCAUGCGAAGCGCAACAGGAUGACGGCAAGAGUGUCGAACCAAGCGAAAACAAUAGCAAGGACAAAAAACGCCGAAAAAAGAAGCGAGAAAAGGACGGAGAGAGGGAGCCAUCUCCAAGUGUUGACGGAGGCAGCAAAAAGAAGCACAAGAAGAAAAAAAAGAAGAGCACGAAGCGAAGAAAGGACGAACUGCAAGAUUAGUGUGGAGGCGGCAGGGCCAAGAGAAGGAUCGCGUCGGGACCAAAUUAGGGCAUGCGGGCGUGGGGUUCCUCUUCCUCUUCCUCGUCAGCGCAUGUCUCGAAGGAGGGGAUGUGCGGCUUGCCGCAAACCGGAGUACUGCUGUAUUGGGUCGCACUGUUCGUCGCCGAAGGCGCUUAACAAUCCUACUGGUAUAUGGGGUGUGCGGCAAGGCUUCAGGGGUUAUUGGUGCAUUGUACUACCCCAUCUUGGAUUAGGGCUAGGGUUGAUAAAGGUAGAAUCCCCUACCUAUGUUUUUCUCACUUUUUUGUGA